AUGGGUAACAUCGUCAGCUGCCCGAAGAAGUCACGGAGUGGUUUAGUUGAAGAGGAUGAAGUAGGAAUUAGCAGAAAGGAAGAUAGGAUCAGCUUAUUACCUGAGUCCUUGAAACGUCACAUACUUAGCUUUCUUACGACUCAAGAAACUGUUCGUACAAGUGUUCUGUCCUCUACAUGGAGAUAUCUCUGGAAAUACGUUCCGAGAUUUGAAUUAUUCAGCUCUCAUAAGCUGAAUGACGAAGUUUAUGUGGAUUUCAUCGACAAGUUUCUGAAUUUCCAGAGUGAAUCAGACUUACAUGAAUUCGAUUUAUGUAUUGACUUAGAUAACACUAAAAAAGAUGCCUCUCUUUACGAGCCGUGUCUCGGUAAGUUGAUCAAGCGCAAGAUUCGACGUUUCCGAGUCGAAUGCUUUAGGAACACUGACAUAUCCUUAACACUUCCUGUGUAUGAGGCAUUGGUAUCUUUAAUGCUCUUUGGCGUAAAUCUGAAUGAUUUUGGGUCUCUCUCCUUUCCCUGUCUCAAGAUUAUGCACUUGCAGCAUGUUACGUUUCCAGAGCCUAUAGUCCUUGAUACACCGAGGCUUGAGGAAGUGAUUGUAAGAUUUAACACAAAUAGGGAGUAUAAUGAAGAUUAUGAAGAAGUAUCAAGAUGA